GAGGCCCUGGACCAGUGGAAACCUCACCUGGAGGAAGGACUGGGGCUGCCAGGACUGCCCGCUGCCGAGUACCCAGAGGGACUGGAGGAGCCGGAGGGGGAGCUGGAGCUGCCAACCGCUGACUACCCCGACCAUCUGGCGGGACCAGAGGGAUUCGGACGAGCAAUCGGGUAGGAAGUAGCCCAGGGACAGAGCUGCACCGUGGGCUGGAUCGCCCUGUCAGCUACCACCAUGGCUUACUCUAGAGCUUCAACAAUUGAGAUGCCGGCCCUGGGCCGCCCUCUCCGGCUGGGGAUGCUGUACGACUGCCGCAGCGACACGCUCAUACCAGGUAUCACUUUAUGGGGCAUUGAGGCCCUUAAGAAAGACGUGGAGACAAUGCCAAAGCACAAUACUGAAUUCCAGAUCAUUGCGUCUGACUCCAUUGAAGAUAAGGCCUCAGCCCUCAGGCUGUCUGGAUCCCUGAAGGCCAGUCUCCUGGGGGGGCUGGUGGAAGUAGGUGGAUCUGCAGCAUUUUUAAAUGAUACAAAGAAAUCAAAAUAUCACGCUCGAGUUGCUCUCCACUACUCAGCGACAAACAGGUUUGAGCACCUGACUAUGAGCCAGUUGGGGACCGAGAACGUCUCUUAUCCUGCUGUGUUUGACCAAGGCACGGCCACCCAUGUGGUCACAGCUGUGCUGUACGGGGCUCAGGCUUUCUUUGUGUUUGAUCGGGAAGUUUCUUCAUCAGAGAGUAUGCGAGAGAUAGAGGGGGAAAUGAAACUGAUGGUGGAAAAGAUCCUAAAGGUUUCUGGAGGAGCAGAGGUGUCUGGGAAAAAGGGGAACAGGGCAGAAGAAAAAAUUGAAAAUUUCAGUUGCACAUUUUAUGGUGAUUUUGCUCUGGAGAACAAUCCGGUUACUUACCAAGAUGCCAUGGGAGUUUACUCCACUCUCCCUAAGCGGCUUGGAGUCGCUGGUGAAAACGCUGUACCGGUGCGAGUCUGGCUGUACCCACUGAGCAAGCUGGAUCCCAGAGCUGCUCAGCUAGUGCGUGAGAUCAGCGCGGUGCUGGUUUAUGAUGCUCAAAGUGCCCUGGAGCACCUGACUGAGUGCGACGUUCGGUGCAACGACAUGGUGAAGGACAGAAUGGCUACAACCUUCCCCGAGAUCCAGAGGAAAAUCCAGCAAUUCAGAGAUCUGUGUAAACAGCACAGACAGACCUUCCAAAAAGAGCUAGCUAGAACCCUGCCCUCUAUCCGUGGAGGCGGAGCAGAGGAAAGGGCCCUGGUGGAGAUUUUAACCAACAAGGAGCAAUCGCCAUUUGGUACCCAAAGACUCAAUGAAUUUCUGGAGAAGAAACAGGAGGAAAUGGAUUUUGUCAAUUCCUACCUGGCUGAGCUAGAGAAUGUGGAAGUCGUAUCCUCCAGGAGUGAGCUACAACGAAUAGUUCUCAGCCACAGGCAUAAUUGUGUUGUCUGUCUUGCACUCACUUCAUUGCACAAUGAGGAAUCCUAUUUAUCAGAAUUGAACCUUUGGCUGCGGAGACAAUUUAUGAAGAACACUCAUGUUCCAGCAUUAGCCAGUUCUGCCUGUGAGACACCGAAAUCCAAGCAGUGGUUUGAGGAUGAAGCGAUAAAAAGAAAAGCACGACAAGCCGUAAAGUCCUUCUCUGACUUUGCCCAUGUCAAUAAAUCUAAUGGGAUAACUCGGUUCAUUGUGGCCUCUGUUCUAGACAAGGACAAUCCAGGAGCUUCCAUUUACCUGUAUGAAGAUGGAGACGCGGUCAGUACCAACUUUGAGUUUCCAGCAAAACCUUUCCCUUUACUGUGUGAUGGAAUCAUACAUGACCGUGUGCAGCUCACGUUUAACCCAGCAGCCGCUGGAAGGGCUGCCAUAUCCGGCUAUCAGACAGAGUACAGAAUUGUUGGGCAGGAGAACUGGACGGCUGUGAAUGUAAGUAACACACAAGAGACAUUCACAGUAACAGGGCUACGUGCAAACACCGAGUACCAGUUCCGAUACGCUGCAGUGAGCAAACCAGGGCUCAGCGAGAGCAGCGACGUGAGUGAUCCUGUGAAGACGCUCUCUCCAACCAGCCCCCCUGGGAAGCCUGUAACAGAUACUGUAGAUUCAUCUGCCAUUUCCCUCAGCUGGGAGAGUCCAAGUGUCACUGGAGAUGGAGUCAGUAUAAGGGAGUAUAAGGUGGAAUAUAAAGAGGAGGCAGGAGAUACGAGUCACGAGGGGAAAGUCAAAUGGCUGGAACGAAGGACAGAAAAGAGAACCGAGUUCUGUACCAUUGAUGGACUGAGGCCUGAGACUCCCUACAGAUUCCGAGUGUCAGCUGUGUGUGCGGAUGGGGCUGUGAGUGACCCAAGUGAGGAGACUCUGUUUUCAACACUAAAGGAAGAUUUGCACGUAAGACAGACGGAGCCAGUUCCGAGAGCUACCAAGGCUGCUAAAGAUGCAGUUUCAGACAAUAGAGCAUUUGCUGGACUCUCCAAAAAGGAGAUUAAAGAAUUGCAGGCCGCUGUUGCAGCAGGAAAUUUCACAGAUGUGAUAUUUAAACAUCAGAACAUAAAAUCAUUAAAAAUCACCACGCUUAAUGUUGCUGUCACGGGUGAAUCGGGUUCAGGAAAAUCGAGCUUUGUAAACAACCUCCGAGGUCUCAAUGAUGAUGAUGAAGGUGCUGCUGAAACUGGAGUCUGUCCAACAACAAUGGAGCCAACACCUUAUCAACAUCCUAAACACCCAAGUGUAACAAUAUGGGACCUACCAGGGUUUGGGUCAUGUCGGUUUCCGAUAAAUACAUAUGUGAAGUCGGUAAAUUUGAACCACUAUGACGUAUUCAUCUUCAUGUUCUCAGGGCGUUUCACCUCCUGCCACCAAAUCCUCACCAAUGAGAUUUGGAGGAUGGGAAAGAAGUGUUACUAUGUGCGCUCCAAAGUGGAUACGGAUCUGUGUAAUGCUAGCUGUCGCAAAUCCUACAGUGAGCAGAGAGCCCUGCAGGAGAUCAGGGAUAACUGCAUAAAACAGAUGAAAGGAGAAGGGGAGACUUCCCCCCAGGUUUUCCUUAUCAACCGCUGGGACCCAGACAAAUAUGAUUUCCCCCUCCUACAGGAAACACUGGAGAAAGAAAUAGAUCAAUCUAGCCGUUGUGUCAUGUGCUGAUGCCCUUACUCCUGCCCAGAUCUCCCCUCAGUUCUGGUCCAGUCGUCUUUGUGAUACAAUAGCAGUGUUAGAGCCAGGACUUUGGCUUGGACAAUGGCUCACUGCACUGGCUAGGCAGGCUGAUAGCGCCGUUGCUGAGCUGAAGUCUGUUGUAAAAAAGUCCCCAAUGGCCAAUGAGAAAACAAGACUUUGUAUUGUGUCUACACAUGGCACACUGACAGCUGUCAGUCUUCUGGAUCUUCUACCAGUGUUCGGUUCCCCAGCAGCUGGACGAGAUUCUGGAACCACAUCCUACAUGUUGAAGAGAUUUUUGAAUGAUGUAACAGGAGUUGCCCAAUGCUCUCUCUCAACCAAAAGCUGAAUAGUUCAAAUAACAAUAACAAAGGUUCCAAUGAACCUGCACAGAAAGCAAGAGACAGGUGUUUCAAAAUCUCCCAGAGGAUGAAACAAAUUCCUAAUGUUUGUCUUUUAAACUAUCAGAUACAUUAGCAAGUUCCCAGCUCUUGUGAUUCACUAUGUACACAUACAUACAGGCAAAGUUAAGAAAAAUGGCUUCUCUUUCCUGUUUCUCUUUAACCAGUGUAAGGUGUCUAGUGUAACAGAGCCAAGACACCAAUCUGUUGUCUGCUUCCACUUUUCCUCUCUCUCUCUCCAGGUUUCUUUUGCUAUUAGUAGCCUGGUUAGAUGGUUUUCACAUUGUGCAUUUUGCCAUUUGGACAAAACGAAUUAAAAUUAAAUUUGUAACAAACAGUUUUUUAAAGUAAUAAAGAUUAUGACCUAGAAGGUCAGACACCUGUAUCACCUUUUUAUUCUAAGACCCAGAAGGCACAUGAAAACAGACUCAGUAAGAAAGCAGUGAAUUACACUGCUCUACAGCCAAAAUGCUUCUGAAAUAAAUGUAGUUAAACUUUACUAAUUCUGGGUCACUGAGAACGAAAAUGAUGCUUAAAAUUGUUGAUUGGCUCUCGUUUUGAAGAUAUACUAUUGGGUCAGUAUAUACGACCCUUGACUUGGGAAUGGCGGAGGAUAAGUGAGUUAUAAAGGGAAGGGAUCUCAAUUUAAACCAGAAAUGACUAAAAUACAUCUUUGACUGGAUCUAUGAAUAAAUCUAUGACUGGGUUUGGACAGUACUUGCUUUUUAGGCAAAACAAUGAAUGAUGCAAUCUGAAGCUGGUAUUGCGUCAUACAUGAUAUGAAUUGCAUCAUGUUAUUCCCAGAAGUCAUGGAUGAUGCAAUCAUAACGAAGCUUACAUCACUCUGCUGAACAAAUUGCCCUAUAUUAGCUCUAGAAAUCAUAGUGUCGUGCUCUCUUAUUUGUCAGUGUUUGAUUUUGCAAAGGGACACAUUUCUGUUUAGCCAAAGUGAGCAGAGAUGCCUCGUACUUGUGUGAACAGUGCAGAUAACUUCUGCUAUGUUUGUGGUGAAGUGACUUUUGCAUCACAAAAGCGCAGUAUAACCACUAUGGUUAAG